UUUGGCAACGUUGUGCACCAACUCUUCUUUUGAUUUUAAGAUGAUAGUGGUGGUCGUUUUUGUUAGUGUCGUGGGAAGGCUCUAGACAUGCUAAGGAUUUCUUAGUAUUCCGAGUCUGAUUCUAAGCUAAGAUAAUGUUAAUGCAAUUUUGGUGCUACUCACUGCUCUACUGGUUGCUCGCACUAUUGGUAAUUUUCCCCCCAGAUGAAGUGGUUUCUGCUGGGCUGACAGUGGAGGCACUUACAGGGUCAUGGCUUGGGAGCCAAACAUUCAGUUUCAUACAUUAUCACAUACGAAGAACUGCUGCCACUCUCAUCAUUCACACCUUACUAAUACCAGGUUACUUUAUAAUGGUAAUCAAAACACAGCCAUGGCUCUUCAUAUAUCUGGAAAACCAAAUGCAUCCAUAUGCAACCAUUAUUAUUUUCCUGAUGUCAUUCCUGCCAGUCCUUGCAGCAGUGUUACUUGUGCUCUAUUGGCGUCAACAUGAGUGGCGUUACCAUCCGCUGUCAUGUUCCCUUAAACUCUACGCCCCCGAUUUCUCCUCCUCUCCUAAUGCUUGGGUUACUGUGGCUUCAAACAUAAAUAUUGAAUUUAGAAGGAUUGAUAAAUUCAGCACAAAAGCCAACAGUGUUUGUCGUGUAGUUGCUACAGAUAGUUGGUUGGUGAAAAUUACUGCAUACAGAAUACAUAUACUCCAUCAGAGAGAUGCAAUUUUGUCACUAGAAAGCAGCAUAGACAACACAUUACCAUACAAUUCCUCUCUCGAUAUGCAACAAUUAUGCAUAAAAGUGGUAUCUAUUAAAGAUGGAAUACCAACAUUUCCUAUUAAGCUUACAUCCCUGGAGUACAAAGAGUUGGAACGAAAAAUUGUAAAUCCUGUAGUUAAUGCACGGCAGGUUGUAGUACAGCAAAGCCUGUCGGAUCGUUUUCUCAUAGCCUUUACCGAAACUGUUAAUAUGAACCCACCAGUAUCUGCAGCUGGGGAUUUAGAUAUGUGUAUUGGCUGUAUGGAAGUUACAGCUAAUGUAAAGCUUCAGCGUCGAUGUAAUACUGAAUCAGUUGAUGGAGGUGGAAAUUGUGUUACUUGUUACUGCAGACCUAUGUGGUGUCUCUCAUGCCUUAGUAAAUGGUUUGCUGCCCGUCAAGAUCAAGAUCAUCCAGAAACAUGGCUGUCCUCCAAAGCGCCUUGUCCUACUUGUCGAUCAACAUUUUGUAUGUUGGAUGUAUGUUUGAUUGGAUAAUGUGUACAUGUAGUGAUGUGCCAUUUCACAUACUGCACUUGACUUCAGGUUGUUUUGAGAUGAUAGACUGAAUCACACAACUCUGUCCAUCAGUUUGGAAUUUUACUUAUCUUUACUACUCCAUGUGAAGGUCAGUCCUGUACAGAUUAUUUUUUUUUACCAUGUACUUCUUACUUUUAAUGCUCCUUUAUUGUAAGAGGUAAAAAAAAUUCUGAGAUUAUGAGAACAAUAUUAAUUUAUUCUCUUUACUAUGGAUGUACUUACCGUAAGCUUGGAAAAUUUUGAUUUUCUUUUAAAUUGCUUAGCUAUUCAAAGUUAAUAACUCAUUUUAUACCCAGAUGAUACAAGCAUGACAAUCAGAUCAUGUGUGAGCUGGUACCCAUUUGAUAUAUACUGCACUUGAGUACAUUCUUUUGACUGCCAAUGAUUUCAGAAAAUCAAGGUAAUCUGGACUGGGAUGGUAGUUAUCCGCUGCCCCAAGUUUUUCUAACUGGAUUUUGUCUUAGAGUUUACUGAUGAAGCUGGUUGCAAACCAGAUAUGUCAUAUAUUGAAUUUUCAAUUUUGUGAAGACUUGUGUACUUUUAAAGUGCAUGGUUUUGAAUUUGUAUUUGUAUUAGGGAAUUUUUGUCAUUUUAUUGUUUACCUGUUUACUCAUUACACUAUAUUUUCCAUAUUUCUGAUACAUUACAUUGUACAUGUCAUAUUGCUGACACAUUAAAAAAAUUAUUUUAACCUGCAAAAUGUUUUGACAAAGGAAAACUUUUUGAGAGAAUUUUGUACUUACCAUAUUAGUCUUUAAAUGUAUAUACAAAUGUUUUCUAAAUGAAUUAUAUAAAUUUAUUUGCUACACUUUUUAACCCACUAGUUGACAAAUAUAAAAAUACUAGCAGCUGUUCCCGUCCUUCAGACAUGUUAUUGAACGCACAUUCACUUCUAAAUGGCCUGGACGUACAACUUUCCCUUGCCCAUGAUUCUGCAUCACUGACUGGCUCAGGCACCACCAGCCGAUGGCAGGCGCAUACAUGUUACGACAAGUUGCUUGGUAAAGCUUUUCAUCAGGAGUUCCCCCUUAAACGUCCUUUGAUAAAACUGAUAUUGAUGUUAAAUGCAUUCGUAGUCAUUUAUGUUAACUCAUGGUACCAAAUCUGAAUGCAGUAGGCCCAUCUUUGACCCUUUGAGCCCUAAUUCCCAAAUGGGGGUUGGCUGCACCACCUGCUGCUGUCAAGGUUGAGGUAUGUAAGCUACGACCCUCUUUUUCCCUGGUCAGUAAGUCGAAAGAGUGUAGGCUUCCUACCCCCUAAUAUUGUGGGAAACCCUUGGGCCCCCAUUCCCAGCGGGUGCUGCCCCCUUACUACUGAGGGUGCCUUAUGGACCCCAUAUUGUGGGGAACCUGUUUGUAUCUAUAGAAACACUGCUACAUGAAUGUCAACUCCAAAAGUCGUAAAAAAUGAGGGGUAUGAAAAAGUGGGGUAAUGGCCCCCUUAGAAAUGGCUCUCUAAUUUCAGAUUUUGACUAAAACCUUCCUUGGGGGGAGGGGAGUCUUAUGGUAAAAAUUUGGUAGCCCUAGCUGUGCUGUCAACUCUGAAAGUUGUAAAAAAUAAGGGGGUUUUGAUCCCCUUAGAAAUGGCUCUCAAAUUACGAAUUUUGGCUAAAACCUUCCUGGGGAGGAGAUGGGAGUCUACUGUAAAAGUUUGGUGGCCCUAGCUUUCAUAGUCUGAGCAUGCAUAGUGAACAGUCAAUGACAAACAGAAAUUGCCUUAUAUAUAUGUAAAUGAAGGGAUUGUAAAUCUGAUCUUGAAAUAUUCUACUGUAAAAGUUUGGUGGCCCUAGCUUUCGUAGUCUAAGCAUGCAUAGCAAGCAGACUAAGACAAACAGAAAUUGCCUUUUAUAUAUACAGAUGAAUGGAUUGUAAACCUCAUCUUGAGAUAUAUCUCAAAAUAAAGGCACAGUACGGCACAUGGUGAAUGGUUUGGCCCUCGUCAAAUUCCAUGUUACCUUCAUUUAAAUUUAGUCUUUAGCAAUCUUUUGUUGCACUGAGCUGUAGUAAAUUGAACUCUUUUCAUUUUUAGGUUUGCUGUUUUUGUUAGUACUUAUAUAUGUACAUACUUAUUAUAUUUUCAAUUUUGUUCUGCCCCUCCCAUGUACAGUGCUUCCUACUUUUGCCAACCAAGUAUAAACUAUUAGACAUUUUGUAAAAUGGUAAAACUGUAAAGUAUUUAGUUAUUUUGUAUUUUAGGUGAAAAAUUAAUAAAAGCGAUUUCAUAUU